GGCAAAACAGGACUACAGGACCACAAAAUGGGAAAUGAAACAGUGAUGUUAUAUAACCAUAAGCUAUUCAAUACCACUGCCAACACGUCAAGCUUGGUUUGUGGAGAGUUGAGUCCCGCCUUUACUAUAACUGGUCUGACAUGCAUGGGUACUAUUGUAGUGUUAUCAGUGUCAGGCAACUCUUUAGUCUGCUUUGUCAUUGCAAGAUUCUCACGUCUUAGAACCAUCUCAAACUACUUAGUAUUCAGCUUGGCCGUAUCAGAUAUGAUGGUAGCAUUGAGUGUACUGCCAUUUGACAUUAUCUACUGGGUGUAUUUUCCUUCUUGGCCUUUGGGUGGUUAUGUUUGCAACUUGUGGAACUCCUCAUUUUUCGUGUUUCUUACUGCCUCAGUGUUAAAUCUCUUAGCAAUUUGUACUGAUCGUUUUGUUGCCGUGGUCUUUGCACUUCGGUACAAAGACAUCAUGAAUACACAAAUUGUGAAAGUCAUCAUAGCUGCGAUUUGGGCAUAUUCCUUUUCAAUUGGUGCAAUCCUUUUUGCUGUUUUGGUGCCACCACAGGAUCAUACUUACACUUUUGAGCUUCAUCCAGCGUUUCAUGGUUUUCUAUUGGUUGGAAAUGUCUUUGUUCCUUUCUGCAUUAUGAUUGGUUUAUACUUCAAAAUCUAUCUGAUAGCACGUGACCACGCAAGGCGAGUCGGGAUUAUUUCCAUCACUUCUGAUCUUCACGUCUUUGAUAUGAUUGGUCGAGAACUUAGAGUAGCAAAGACCUUUGGGAUUGUAGUCGUGACAUUUUUGCUUUGUUGGAUGCCUUUCGAGGUGAUAAACGUUGCGAUUCUGAUCGAUGAAGGUGUUGAAAGCUGUUCCAUGGAGAUAGCGGAUACCGUAUCAUGUUGGUUUGCCUAUCUACAGAUAGCAGCGAAUCCAGCCAUCUAUGCUUUUGCAAACAGUAAAUUCAGAAAAGCAUUUAAGAGGAUCAUUUGUACACAACGAAACGAGUUGGAUGAUUCUACAUUGAAGUCGACAAACUAUAGAGAAGGUGACGUACAGUCAGUACGGGUAGGACGAAACACAGAUCAAUGUAGUGAACAAGACAAUGGGGAGUCCAGAUGAUUUGAGUACCAAAAUGAGCGACUUCUCAACGCUAAGAAUUGUUAUUAAGUAAACCGUAACUUGAAUUAACUAAAACUAACUUGUCACUAUGAUUCAUACACACACAACGGUAGCAAACUAACAACAUCU